UUUUUUUUUACUUCUUUAUUAUCAUAAAAUGAUUCUUCUUGCUUGUUUAAUAUUCGUGUUAUGUUCAUCGAUGGCAAAGGCUGCUGCCUUGUCUCCUCGAGCUGAAUCAGGGGAAGCAUUGAUGAUGUACGGAUAUAAUCCUCCACGGGUCAAUCCUGAUUAUUGUAUAGGAUUCCGUAUUACUUACCCUACUUAUCCUGGUCAAGCUUAUGAAAAUAAUUCAGUACAACAAGUCAGUUGGGAAGUAGAUCCUGAUAUUCCUUAUUCUCCUGAUAUCAUCACUCGUAUCCGUAUUUUGAAUAGUACACAACACAAUCAAUUUGUCAUUGGUGAAAAUAUCACAUUAUACACCGAAGAUGAUAAUACUGGUUUAACUACUUUCCGUAUUGGUGUUGAAGAUAUCACUGGUCUUUACCAUUAUCGUAUUAUGGUUAAUUAUCCUGGUACAUCUGUUCACUGUGUUUAUGAAUCUGUUCCUUUCAUGAUCCUUCAAAAUCCAUAUGGUAAAUAUAAAGUAGCAGGAGGAUUACAAAAACAACCAGUUGUAGACAAUACUCUUACUCCUCCUCGUAAACCUUGAUGAAAUGAAUAUUGUUACACGGCGUGCUUUGAAAAACUUAACAUCUAAUAAAAAAAAAAGUCUUUUACAUUCAA